UUUAUUCAAACAAAAGAAAAACGCGUUACGUAAUUUAUGGACGAUCCCUUAGCUACUACGUUAUACACAUACACGGUUGGUGUAGAGGGCUGCUUGAAAUCCUUUAAAAAAUGGAGGUCGCCACCCUACGGGCCAUUUGAUUGGUUCGCUUUCUUGUGUUAUUUGUGGCGAGAUCAUAGUUUGUUGGAUCAUGGGCUAAUUGUGUGUUCGCCUUUUGUUACACAGCUGAUUGUGUUUACCACCUGUUUACCAAACAAAGAAAUCAAAUGAGUUGAACAUGCCGUCGUUAUUGGAGGCAUUGGAAUUGAAGUAUGGUACUACUGCGGUAGACUGUUCUUUGACUGAUGAGGAGAUAGAAUCAAGUUCACCUAAAGCAGCUGUAUUAGUUAGUAUCUUCAUUCCGAAAAAAUCUCCACGUCAUACAGUGCCUGCGUUACUAGUUCUACAAGAUUGCGAUAUUGAUUCUGCUGGUAAUGAUAAAGAAAAACUUCGUAACAAGUGCAAAAAUGUUGAAGAACUCGAUCUUGCUCAAAAUAAGUUUUCAGAAUGGAAGGAAGUUUUUGGUAUUCUACAGCAUAUGCCGAAGAUAAAAUUUCUAAAUCUUAGCUUCAACAGUCUAGCGAAAGAUUUGGAACUUAAAGACGGACACUAUGAUUUUCUGAAAAACCUCGUUCUGAAUGGAACUAGGGUUUCAUGGCCCGCAGUGCAACGCCUUAUUAAAAUUUUGAAAAACUUAGACGAACUUCAUUUGUCGCUCAAUGAAUAUAGAGCUGUGGACCUUGACUAUGAAAACCCAGAAACUGCACAUUUUUGUUUGAAAAAGUUGCAUUUUACUGGUAAUCCUAUUGAAUAUUGGGGUGAAAUUUUAAAGCUCGGCUAUGUAUUUCCAAGUUUAGAAAACCUUGUUCUCGCAGAGUGUCCAAUUAGGUCUUUGAAUCUCAACGAUUGCAGUCGUAACUUAAUUGACGAAGAUAUUCAAAAACUUCCAUUGCUUACAUUCAGUGAGGAUAAAGCAAAUAUGAAUCAAUCAUUAUAUAAGUCACAGAAAUGUCAGUACAGUGAUCAAUACUCGGUAGAAAAUACGUCUCAUCUUGAGAACAAGACAUGUAAUAAAAUAAGAUCUGAGACACCAUGUUGCAGGAUCAUAGACAAGGAACCACAUUCGUCUUUCCAGAUGCUCCAAUUUCUUAAUAUCAAUGGCACUCUGUUGUCAAUGUGGAGUGAUGUUGAGAAAUUAGCUAAGUUUCCCACGCUAAAGUCUCUCAGGAUGCAAAAUUGUCCUUUAUUUGAGAGUCCUCAAGAGUAUACGGAACAUGAAAGAAGACAAUUAUUGAUGGCCAGACUACCAAGUGUUGAAACUUUAAAUGGUGGGGGAGUGAUAUCACUACAAGAACGUGAAGAUGCAGAGAGAGCGUUUAUUAGAUACUAUAUGGAUAAACCAGAGGUUGAUCGACCAGAGAGAUACGCUGAGCUCGUGAGCAUUCAUGGAAAAUUAGAUCCGCUCGUGCAGGUAGAUCUGACACCGGAAAAGAGAGUUAAGGUGACAUUCAUCUAUGGAGAUCUAAUUGAGGUCCGGUCUGUUGAUGUAUACAGAACUGUAUUUGAACUGAAAACAAAACUGGAAUCUAUGGUUAAAAUAUCGGCAAACAAAAUGAGACUCUUUUAUGUUGAUCAGUGUUUGCAAACAGUCAUGAAUCACAAUUAUUUGCGAAGUGCAGAAAGUGACGUGUUUAUUUUCAAACGAAUUUUCCCUGAGAGAGAAAUUGCUCAGAAUAUGAGAUUACACAAGGAUAAAAUAACCUGCAUCAUAGUAUAUGGCUUAGCUCCGUAUUUGCAAAAACAUCUCGAAAAUCAAGUUAAAUUUCUCGAAUGUAUUGUCUUCUGUUUUGACGAGAGUUUAAAUAAAAUAGCACAGAAAAACCAAAUGGACUCGCAUAUUCGUUUUUGGGACUAUGAAAGAAAUCAAGUAACUUCUCGGUAUUUAAAUUUAGUAUUUCUUCAUCAUACGAAAGCUACUGAUCUUAUUGACGGAUUCAUGGCUGGACUCGUACAAAUUAAUCAUCAGGGAGUUUUGCAGAUAUCAAUGGAGGGCCUAAUGAAAUACUUUCACGCGGCGGUGACUUCAUUGAGAUUACUGGUUGUACAGAAUUCUCUCAACACCUGCCUCCAGUAUAUAGUAGCCAAACUACUAGAGAAGUCUCCUUUAAAGUAUCCUUUGACAAAAGCAUUAACCUUUCUUAAUCCUGCAACAGUAGCUUUUGCUAAAACAUUAGCAGAAGAGAAUUUACGCGCAGCCUUAGACAUUCUUCUCAGCGCCAAUUUGCUUCCCGCCAGUGUGAUUCAGAACGCAGACCGAGAAUAUAAGACAUUAUUGUCAGAUUACUACUUACUUGAACAAAAGAAGAUAUUCUCUUAG